UCGCAUAGCAGAGUGGAUGUGUGUGUCUCGCCCGAAGAAGGAGAUUUAUUUUCUUGUUGGAAUGUAUUUGUUCGGACAACAUAACUCUAGCAAGGGAUACCACGCUUCUUCUGAAUACGCAACACAAAGGAAAGUCUAAUUGGAGGCUUUUUAUAUCACUAUACUAACAAAGUAAUAUCAGCGGCGCAUUUGUGUUUCAUGGCUGCUGGGGAUGUUACCCAGCUGCCGGCGACAAUAGCGGCCAGCCGGAGCGUGGAGAAGGCGCUGGAGGAGGCUGCUGCGAGCGGUGCUCUUAACUUGUCCAACCGUAAACUGAAGGAGUUUCCCCGGACCGCUAAAAACUAUGACCUAUCCGACAUUACAUACGCAGACCUGUCUAAGAACCGGCUGUGUGAGCUGCCUGAGGAGCUGUGCCAAUUCAUCUCCCUGGAGACGCUCAGCCUCUACCACAACUGCGUCCGCUCGCUCUCCGACAACCUGCAACACCUACAGGCUCUCACCUACCUCAACAUCAGUCGUAAUCAGCUCUCCAGUUUGCCGGUGUCGGUGUGUCAGCUGCCCCUGCUGCGGGUCCUCAUCGUCAGCAACAACAAGUUGGCCGCCCUGCCACCCGCCAUCCACGCCCUCUCACACCUACGCCAGCUGGACGUGAGCUGUAAUGAUCUUCAGUGUUUGCCGGUAGAGCUGGGGCAGCUGGCCAGUCUGCGAGACCUCAACCUGCGGAGGAACCAGCUCACCACACUGCCUGAAGAGCUGUCUGAGUUGCCGCUGGUGCGUCUGGACGUGUCGUGUAACCGGGUGGCGCGCGUGCCCGUCUGCUACCGGCACCUGCGGCAGCUGCAGACCAUCUCGCUGGACAACAACCCCCUGCAGUCGCCGCCCGCCCAGAUCUGCUCCAAGGGCAAGUUCCACAUCUUCAAGUACCUGAACAUGGAGGCCUGCAAGAGGAGCCAGGACGAACUGCUGGACCGUGCACUCAGGCCCACGCACUUCAACAGCUGUUUGUCGGAUCAGGAGCUGUUCCUGGGUCAGUACGGAGGACUGGACUCUGGCUUCAACAGCGUGGACAGUGGCAGCAAGCGGUGGUCGGGGAAUGAGUCAGCUGACGACUUCUCUGAGCGCUCCUUGCGUAUGGCUGAGAGCCACAGAGAGCACAGGAAUCUGCAGGAAGAGGAAGAGACACACACAACGAUACUGCCCACAGAGAAAGUGAAUGGGGAGGUGGAGCAGGACGACUUCAUUGACAGCAGUGUGACUGAAGAGGAAGAGGAGCCAGAGCUGAAGAGGCCCACCACGCCACUCACAGCGCCCCCACAGGACAAGAGUGAAAGUACGUCACCAACACCAUCACCGUCACCGUCACAGAGCCCAGAGUCCACAGAGAGCAGGACGAGUGUGGCAGCUGGUUCCGGUGACUCUCCCCCUCCCUGCUCGUCCAGUAGUCCGUCCAGCCCCUCGGAGGAGCGGCGGCGUCCCGGCACCCUGCUCAUCUGGCAGGAGAGGGAGCGCGCCCAGCAGCAGCAGAGGGACAAGCACAGAGAUUUGCAGAAGGCUGCAGUGAAAACAGGAAGUCAGCCCGCGGCGAGCAGCUCGCUGACAGGAAGUAGUGCCGGUGGUGCAUCAGCAGAAAGCAGCCCUCCCUCUCAGAAUGGCCUCAGACACAGAUGUGCAAGUGCAGACGCGAUGACAAGCCCAACUUCCAAUCUACAGCGGCCUUUCAGCAGACAAGUGUCCUCAGAGCCUCCCAUCUCGCCUCCCAAGUCCAGCUCUCCUCCUGGCCAGACGCCCAACAAACCCAACAGCUUCCUCUUCCGCACAUCAUCACGCUGUUCAGUGAGUUCCCUGGUGGAGUCGGGCCGCAGUGAGUCCCGCACCACCCUCAAGUCCCCCCGCGAGGAGAGGCCAGAGGUGGUACAGCUACGCAAGACUCUUGAGUCCAAGUUGAAGUUGUCCCUGCCUGAGGACCUGGGUGAGGCUCUCUCCAACGGCACAGUCCUCUGCCAGCUGGUCAACCACGUUCGACCCCGCGCCGUCUCCAUCAUCCACAUCCCCUCCCCUGCAGUGCCCAAACUGAGUGCUGCCAAGUGCCGCCUCAACGUGGAGAACUUCAUCGCAGCCUGCCGCAGACUGGGAGUCCCCGAGGCGGAGGUGUGUAUAGCGUCUGACGUGCUGUGCUGUCGCCUGGCCGCCGUGAUGCGUACGGUGCGCGCCCUGCUGGCGGUGGAGGGGCUGGGGGAGGAGCCUGUGGCUCAGGAGCAGGAGGAGGAGUCGAAGGCCAAGUCCCCCGUCUCCGCCCCCUCUGCUUCCUCCGCCCCGCCCCUCUCACUCCCCAGCGGCUUCCUGCUCUUCUACUGCCUCGCCAUGGCCCUGCUAUACGCCCUCUACUGCCACCUCCUCGCCUAGACACACGCCGUGUGUGUGUGUGUGUGUGUGUGAACGUGUGCGCGUGAACAUGUGCGCGUGAACGUGUGUUUUAUGUGUAUGCGCACCUAUGUGCAUCAGUGUGCGAGUGUCCAUAUUAAUGCGCAUCUGUGUCCGUGUGUGUUCAUGUGCAUCCAAAUCUUUGCACAUCUGUGUGUGCACGAUCAUCUGUGUGCGGACGCACAACGGACACGCUGGCCACUUGGACCGUUGCAAAUGCUGCAAAAAAAGUAAAGCCGUCCUGCUUGUCACACAAUGGCUGAGGAAGAUUCAUGACCUCCAUGCACAGAAUCCCAGCUGUGUGUACACUGUGUACGUGGAGUACAGUAUGUACAUGUGUGCGGAUAUGUGUGUGUGUGUUGACGUUUGCUUGCUUGCUUGCUUAUAAGGACCGCAAUAUGUGCUAAGAGCAGAAGCCAGCUGUUAAGUGAAUUACGGCCGAAAGAAAAGCACUGUCUUUCACCAGCGGUGUGGUCACGUGGCGCCCAAGCGCUCCCAACUGGGCCCCCUAGACCACACACACACACACACACACACACACACACACACACACACACACACACACACACACACACACACACACACACACACACACACACACACACACACACACACACACACACACACACACACACACACACACACACAGCUCAUGCACAUGCUGUGAACAGCACAAGCUUUGCUCUGUACAUCAGCACGUCAAAUGGACAAAAUGUCAAUCCAUGACCACCCUAUCUUGGGUACACACUACACUACACACACCACACACACAGACUAAACACUAAACGCUAAACACACUACACACAGAAAGAGACUGUUGUAUCCGCUGAUCUCCAUGGAGAAUGUGAUUUAUAGGGUUCCUACUACCCUGCUCUAAGCUCUUCAGGCCACCUCCUGGACCUCCGGCCUUUGGCAUCUCACCCUUAUCAACACCCCAGCUGUCCACAACCAGCCUGUGUACACUACCCACUAUCCAACAGCCACGAUCCACAGCCACAAUCAAUAGCCACUAUCCAAUAGUGAUGAGCAAACAGUAUUCUUUAGUUCACAGUCUAGUGCCACAUAUUCCAAAUGUCCUGGUUUUACUUGCCCAGUUCAAACAGGCAAUCACCUGGUUGGAUUGGAGAGGUAAACUCUGGUCAUUUAGAACAGUGGUUCCCAACCUAUGGGUCGGGACCCCCCUUAUGGGUCGCCAAAGAUCCACAGGGGGUCGCGGAGCCCUCUUGAUUUUAAGGGGUUUCGUUUUAAAUAUAUAUAGCCCAUGUUGAAUAAAAGACAAAGCAUUUAACUAAUAAAUGCAUAGACGCAACAAAUUGUAAGUGCUACAUUAAACAUUUAUUCUAUAUUUGACCAAAGACGAAUUGAGGAAUAAAAUAACUACAAUAAGUUUUCGCAGGAAACGGAGGGCAUCUUGUGACUCCGUCUCGUGCGGGCGCUCGCUUGGUUGGGUCACCAAAGCUUACAAUAGUAAAAACAUGGGUCCCUUAAGAAAAAGGUUGGGAACCACUGACUUAGAACACAUGGCUUUGGAUUGUAAACUAAUGGAUCCAUGUUGCCCAGCACUGCUAUCCCAGUGGUCCACUGUCCUCAACCAGUGUGUCCACUAUGACACUAUCUAUGACACUUAACUGAAAUAGAGUUCAUCAGAAGUUUGUAGGCUACUGUCUGACAAGACUCUUUAGUUUGUGAAUACAGAUUCAUCAAUGUCCAAAAUUGUAACGCGGGAAAAGUAUAUUUUAAUGACCAUUACAAAGACAUGGAAAACACUACACACAGUCCUCCAGUAGUGAACAGAGUGCCUAGUCAUGCUACUACUUUUUUGAUAUGUGCACACACAAAUAAGGGUGUUCUAAAUAUCAUCACAUUAGAAAGAGCACUGGAAGCUGACAAGGAGGUCGACACUAAUUCAUCUGGGGUUUUAUAAUGUAUCGUGACGCUGUAUGUUUUCAGGGGAGUCAUUCCCACUCUGCUGCCUUAGAAUACGAAAACCAAAUUAGCCUGGAAACCAAACGGCUUGAAUUUUUAAGACAAAGUCAGAAUGUGUGAGGAGAGAGGUCUGUCUGUCUGACUCACUUGUUUGAAUGGCACUAGUCUAGUACAAUAUCUGUUUUCUUAUUCACCUACGCAGUGUCAUCUUUGCAAGAAAGGGCUGCAAAUAAUCAAUGUCUUUCGAUUGCUCACAAAGUUUUAGUUUUACGUGCCUCUUCUUUCACACACGACCAGAUUUUGGUGUUGUGGUGUUCCUUUGAGUUUCUUCUGCUAUUUUGAGUGUGACCGCUAGGGGGCAGUAUUACACCACUUACGUCCUGAAUUUUUCUUUUUCUUUUUUUUUCUUUUUUUUGUGUAAACCUCAUGGUACUGAAAAAAAUAUCACUAAGCUUGUAGUGAGUUAUUGCUACCUUGUUCCUUUUCGGUUUAUUCGAUUCAGCAUUAUGAACUUUUUUGUGUUUAUAGGUGUACACAGUGGAUUAAUUUAUUGUUGCGUUGAGUUGUUUUAUUUUUUUAUUUAUUGAGCAAUGCCUUUUUUUGAGGAGUUCUGUGGUGUGUGUCAGUGCUUGGCCGAAAAAAAAAGCAGAGGCCUCGUGAUGAGCACGUAGCAGCCUUCAGGAAAUAGAGGCUUAAGGGAGCAAAAAAAUGAUUAGUCAUCCUAUAUUGAACAUCACUCUGUAAUACAUCCAGCUCUUAAGGGAAGGUAGAAGUUGUGUAACUGGACUGGACACACGCACGCGCGCGCCCACACACACACACACACACACACACACACACACACACACACACACACACACACACACACACACACACACACACACACACACACACACACACACACACACACACACACUUAAGAAGACUCAGUGUCUUAUUGCUUUUCCCUGGCAGUGAAUACCGAAGUAAGCUGACCGCGGCUCUUUUUCCCGCUCAUUGAGUUCAUGAGGCCUCUGCUGUUUUUUUUCUUGCCCUGCGCUGGCCUGCUCUGACUUACCUGUGCUUUUGGGAACACUUGUACGCUCUGGCUGUGUGUGUGUGUGCGUGUGUGUGCGUGUGUGUGCGUAUGUGUGUGCGUGUGUGUGUGACGUCUAUAAGUCUGUGAAGGUGCACAAGGUGAAAGAGGACAGUGGAGUGAGAAUGAGAGAGAGGGGGGUGAUGGAAGGGGGCAGAGGGAGGAGUGAGAUCAAAGGAUAAGGAGAGGAGAGGAAGAUGAGGAGCAGCGAGGUUGCAGUGCAGUGUGGGACACAUUCGGUUCUAGUCACUCGCUUGAUACCACUGGAGUUGGGCCACAUCUCUCCCUCCUUUUAAGAUUUUUUUAGCAAGCGUCGUGAGAGAGCUGAUGGAAAGCAUGUUACGUCUUGUAUUGUACAAAGCAUUUAAGAGAUGAUAUUUUUGCAUUGUGAACUAGUGAACUUUUUUCUGGGAAGAUUUUUUAAAAACCAACGACACAGUUUUUUCUGAACCACAUUUAUUAGAAUCCCCCCUCCUACGUGGAGAAAACUACUUGAACUAUUUGCCCUUUUUUUAGGAAUAAGGGUGAGUCUUAUGUGUGUGGGUUAGGAGUUGGGAAGGGUACCCAUGACAAGAGAACACAGCCAAAAUGUCAACGGUAUCUACAUUUACUAAGAUGGCAGCAUACUGUACCUUGUCUGUUACAACAGAAAACACAAACAUAGCCACUUUGCUAGCUAGUCCUGCUUGGUCAUUAUGUCUCCUAAACCAAAUUGUAUAGUUUUGUUUUU